CCUGCCUGGAUACUCAUGACGACGCCCCAGUCCUCACUCCCAUUGCGUGUCCGGUUUCUGGAGAAGCCAGUCAGCGUCCCCGCGGUUCCCGGUUAUGAAGUCUCCACCGACCCGCCGCACGCAGUUUCUCCCCAGACGCCGAGGUGGUGGGUCAUGGCAGCGCGAACCCUCCUCCUGCUCCUCUCCGGGGCCCUGGCCCUGACCGAGACCUGGGCGGGCUCCCACUCCCUGAGGUAUUUCCACACCGGGGUGUCCCGGCCCGGCCGCGGGGAGCCCCGCUUCAUCGCCGUCGGCUACGUGGACGACACGCAGUUCGUGCGGUUCGACAGCGACGCCCCGAAUCCGAGGAAGGAGCCGCGGGCGCCGUGGAUGGAGCAGGAGGGGCCGAAGUACUGGGAAGAGGAGACGCGGAUCUCCAAGGACGCCGCACAGAUUUACCGAGUGAACCUGAACAACCUGCGCCGCUACUACAACCAGAGCGAGGCCGGGUCUCACACCCUCCAGGAGGUGUACGGCUGCGACGUGGGGCCGGACGGUCGCCUCCUCCGCGGGUACAGACAGUUAGCCUACGACGGCGCCGAUUACAUCGCCUUGAACGAGGACAUGCGCUCCUGGACCGCGGCGGACGCGGCGGCUCAGAUCUCCAAGCGCAAGUUUGAGAAAGCCGGUGCUGCGGAGCGCCACAGAGCCUACCUGGAUGGGGCAUGCGUAGAGGCGCUCCUCAGAUACCUGGAGACCGGGAAGGACACGCUGCAGCGCGCAGACCCUCCAAAGACACACGUGACCCACCACCCCAUCUCUGACCGUGAGGUCACCCUGAGGUGCUGGGCCCUGGGCUUCUACCCUAAGGAGAUCUCACUGACCUGGCAGCGUGAUGGGGAGGAUCAGACCCAGGACAUGGAGCUUGUGGAGACCAGGCCUUCAGGGGAUGGAACCUUCCAGAAGUGGGUGGCCCUGGUGGUGCCUUCUGGAGAGGAGCAGAGAUACACGUGCCACGUGCAGCACGAGGGGCUCCAGGAGCCCCUCACCCUGAGAUGGGAACCUCCUCAGUCCACCGUCCCCAUCAUGGCCCUCAUUGUUGGCCUGGUUCUCUUGGUGGUCACUGGAGCCGUGGUGGCUGGAGCUGUGAUCUGGAGGAAGAAGCACUCAGGUGAAAAAGGAGGGAGCUACGUUCAGGCUGCAAUGUGAGACAGCAGCCUCGUGGGACUGAGUGAUGCACGGUCCCACUUUGUGGCUUCAGAUCACAUGACUCCUGUUUCUGCUGCUGCAUCUGAAUAUGUCUGUGUUCCUUGUAGCAUAAUGUGAGGAAGUGGGGAGACUGGCCCACCCCUGCCCACCACGACCCCUCCCCACCCUGACCUGUGUUCUCUUCCCUGAUCCAGUUGCCUGUUCCAGCAGAGGCAGGGCUGGGCCACCUCCAUGCCUGUCUUAACUUCGUGGUACAAUGAAUAACAAUGUCUUAACUUGCCUGUUGGGAAUAAAAUCUGUAUAUGAAUUUUGUUUUUUCUAAUUCCUGCCAUGAGGGGUUGAUGGGAUAAUAAGGAGAGGAUUCCUGAAGUUUGAGAGAGGAAAUAAAUGGAAGCACUGAGACCCUUCCAGAAUCCGUGUGCUUGCUGUGCUCUGUCUGCUGCAGGUGGGACAGGAGGAGGCUGUGAGGAGCUGAGCGUGGACGCGGCCUGUGCCCAUUCCGUGCUCACUGCAUCUUGGGCUUUGAGGUGGUCACUCCUGGUCACAUCUUCUCUGCUCCUUUGUCCUUGUCUCUUCAGAACUUUGUCCCACCAGCAGCUGUGAUCUCAGAAGAAGUCACCAGGUGAGCCUCGGCUCAGGCCUGUGUCCAGUCCUCAGCCCCUAUCUUUUGGGUGUUAUUUGUUGUUUCUUUGUUUCUUUAGAGGUUCUUGCCUGAGUUUGUGUUUUAUUCUCCUCUGGGUGUCCCCCACCUCUGACAGCUGGAGGAGUCGUUUGGCCUGUCGUGGUCCCCACAAGGCCCAAGGCUGCCCCUGCACACAGGAGAGUCUGUGGUGUCCAGAGGUGGAUUUUCAGAUUCAUCCAGCUCUUGCCCUUUGUCUAGGGUUUGAUUGUUCUUUCCAUAUUUCCCCCAACCUUCUCAAAGGAUCCAGAUUCUGGAAUUAGCAGAAAGGCGGGAAACCAUAAUGUCUCGUCUUAGGUAAGUUCCUGUCGGAAUUCUGCUCUGCUCGCCUACCCACUCUCCCUGCCCUUAGCUCUAGUAAUUCCAGUGCUGGCUCCAGUACAAACUCAUGGAUUUAUAAAGCAGAGUCUAGGACUUCCCUGGUGGUCCGUUAGUUAAGAUGCUGCUCUUCCACUGCAGGGGGCUUGGGUUUGAUCCCUGGUCAGGGAAGUUCCACACCCUGUGUGGCCAAAAAAAAGAAGAAAAAAAAAAAAAGUAAAGCAGAGUCUAAUUUAGGUUUAUAUUUGGUUGGAAAAUAGGACCCAUAAGUCAAGGGUCAUUGUUUUCUGAAAAGAAAAAUAUACUUGUGUGAGGCAGUGCGGAGGAGGGUUGGUUGGUGGGAAGGGGAGAACAGCACUUGUGAGACAAACACCGGCAGCACUGAUGUCAAUGUGAGUAGAUGUUGUUCUGUAGCUGCCACAAAACAGCAUUUGGCCUGAGGUCACAUUAAUAAAGAUACUGUCUCUAGAAUAGGGAGGUGCUUUACAUUGAACAUUCACUCAACUGAUACAGUUGUGUGCCAGAUAUACGACACAGUAUUUUGCAUCUGGGAAACAUUGAAGUAAAAACAGAAAAAUUGCUGGCCUUGUGGAGCAUGUAUUCUAGUGGGAAGAGACAGACUAUGUGCCAUCAGCAUAGUAAAUAAGGAAAGUGUUCUGUUACAAGGGGAUACGUACAGUGGAAAAGAUGCAGUGGAGAAGGUGAUCCAGAGUGUGAGUACGGGGACAGGGAAAAUGGGUGUUUUACUAGGGUGGUCAGGGAGGUCCUCACUGGGAAGGUGACCUUUGAGGAAAGAUUUGAAGGACAUGAGGAAUUAUCCCUGAGGUUGUCUGGAGGAGGUUCUUUCCAGGCAGAGGGAACCUCCAGGCAAAUGCACCAGGGCAGGAGCAUGUCUGUGUGUCCCAGUUAAAGUGAGGAGGCCAGUAUGGCAGGAGCAGAGAUUAAUUGAGAUGAGAUCAGAGGUACAGCCAGACCAUGUAAGGCCUGGAGGAUGCUGGAAGGGUUUUGACGUUUGCUCUGAGGGAGAUGGGAGUUAGAAGAUAGUUUUGAGCAGAAGAGGGAGAUGGUAUGACUUCUUGAUUUUUUUUUUAAUAUUUUUAUUUUAUUGGAGUAUAGUUGAUUUACAGUAUUGUGUUAGUUUCAAGUGUACAGCAAAGUGAUUCAGUUAUACAUAUAUUCUUUCUUUUUUAGAUUCUUUUCUCUUAUAGGUUAUCACAGAAUAUUGAACAGAGUUCCCUGUGCUAUACAGUAGGUCCUUGUUGGUUAUCUAUCUCAUACAUAGUAGUGUGUGUGUGUUCAUCCCAAGCUCCUGAUUUAUCCCUCUCCCCCACGUUUCCCUUUUGGUAACUGUAAGUUUGUUUUUUGUUUUUUUUUUAAAGAAGAUGUUGGGGGUAGGAGUUUAUUAAUUAAUUAAUUAAUUUUUGCUGUGUUGGGUCUUCGUUUCUGUGCGAGGGCUUUCUCUAGUUGUGGCAAGUGGGGGCC